AUGGAUUUCGAGGAGUUUGAAGUUGAUAUCGAGCGAGCCAUCGAGGACUCCGAUCUAUCAAAAUCAUGUACUAUUACAGAAGCUUUGGACUGGGUCGAUUCAACGUGGUAUGCGCCUGAAAGUAGGAAUGGUCGCUGGAUGGACCUAAUCGGCGACUAUGCCGGUGCAGAACCUUUCGUUAUAGAUGGUACUCGUUUGACUUGUCAUUCUUUACUCCAAGUCGUGCUUGAUGAUCGUCUGCUCGCACUAGCGAAGGAUGACGAUCCAUCUUUUCAAAUCAUUCAUGCGAUCUAUUUACUAGAACAGAUACUACAGAACUUUCGAAAUCGAUCAGCGAACUUCGAUAUCGUUUUCUUUGAUGUCAACCGACACCUAGUGCUGCGAGCGGGGGAGUCGGAAUUUAUUGUUGCAUCUCGAGCCCUAGCCAGAAGACUCCUAUAUAAGCACCUCCAGUCGCUGGAUUCGGUGAAUACCUUCACCUUUACGAGUCUCUCCGACAAAAAUUGGCUCGAUUAUCGUGUUCAAGUGAAGCCAAUGUUUGUCAUGGUCAAUGAUGGUGGUACACUGAAGGAAGGAGUCAGACAAUUCGCUGCCCAUCAAAUACUCACUCAACGAUUAUUUAUCUUCGAUUUACUGGCUAGUGGCUUGGCAAUGGCGCCGCUCCAGGGUGCUGAUUUCAAGGACACUAAGAUCUUAACUUUCGUUUUUGAAUCAAAGCUUCGCUCAAGCCAUGGAGGGCAUUUUCCCAAUGCUGUUUUAUCCGCGGGCGUCGCUGCCAGGGACAUUCUUGCCAGUCAUGAACAAGGGCCAUUCGAUCAAGUCCGCAGCUGCGUUCUCGGUGAAGCAUCAGUAUCCCCAUCUGUCUUCGACCUCCGUGCGGCCUUGAAGGAUGUUGGAUUGUCAUAUCUUUCAGUAUUCAAGAGCGACACUCAGUCAUUGCUACUUGCUGUUUUUAUCAUCCACGCCCUUCUUCUCAAGAAUGUCUCCGUCCAGGAUCGAGCGCGGCGCCUGCCGUCAAUGAAACCUGACCUUUCCACUUCAUUGACGGAAUCCUUUCUACCUCAUAUCCUUCGAGCGACAGAAGCAGUCAUCGUAGCAAACGAUGCAUCCCUCGACAUUGAUAUUCGUGUAUUCCUUUGUAUCUUGCGCUAUCUUUCCGAGCAUCCAGCUCAGUCGUUGACCGAGGUCCUGGGACCGACUGUGGUCAAAGAUGCAGAAGAUAUCUUUUUUGAGUUGAAGCUCCCGCACCUUGACUUUUCGCAUUUGAGCGUAUCUUUCCUUCCUGAUGACUUGUAUGAGAUACCAAUUCCCCUCAAGCUCCUUCCGUUCUCCAACCGAGUGUUCGACGAGGAGCUUUCUGCCGUCCGCAUUGUUACGGAGGGUAUUACGGAGGGUGUCACACGCCCCAAUCCCGUAGAGCCUGUUGCUUCUAGUGGAGAAGAGUCUGACGAGUGGGAUGAUAGCAGCACUAGUGACGAGUCCGAUGUUGUCCUCCCACCCGCUCGUUCUUCUCAAAAUAAAACAUCAAAAGAGGAUACACACUUUUUUGACACGCAGCAUUGGCACAACCAUAAAAAAUCCAUUCUACCCCAGCACCUCGGAGGAGAGGCUACAGCACCGAUGACUGAAUGGCAGCGUAAUCGGAAGCUUCGUUCGGACCAGCGCUUCAUGAAGAACUUGCAUGACCAAGCCAGCACCCUUACAGGGGCGUUAGGAGCUGUCCUCGAACAAGUGAAAAUACCAUCUGCAGCGUCCCUUGCGAAUCAGCGUAGCGUGAAGCCAAAAGUUGUUCACGUUCGUUCGUCAGGCAAAAGUACCAGCAAGCCAUCAAAAGCCGAUGCCAUCCGCGAACAGAAUAUUGCCAAAAAGGAAUCUAAACAAGCAUCUGAUUCUGCAGCAUGGAUCGCGUCCCGCGUUCAAGAGAUGGAAAGCCUGGAUGGCGCUAGUCUCGAAAAGUGCCUGCAAGUUCUUACCCGCAAUCCGCGAACUAGGGAGGCAUCCGUAGGUGCGGAACUUCGAGUCUAUCGUAUGCACCGUCUGCUUCGAGAGUGGAUCCAGUCCGCUAAUCCAGACUCCUCGGCGACUCGUGACAAAUAUUCCCUGUCGAUCAUGCGUCUCGUCAAGGAAGUUUGGGAGAUCGGCUUUAGCACAAAAGAAAUGGCUAACGCAAUCACAAGCGUGUUGAUUACCCUCGGCUUCAGCGACUACAUUGAUAGCUUCGUGGUCUCAGGUUCGGCUGAUGACAGGCCGCUAACUUUUCGCUUCGUCAAGGUGGUCAAGUCCAAAACCAAGACCGCGGUCUAUGACUUUAUGCGAAUCCAAGAGCACCCUAUUAUUUGGCAACUCCGGCUAUUUGGGGAAUUCAUGGAUAGAAGUAUGGACAGUCAGGCUGACACAAGAGUGACCUUCAAGCCAGAUGCGUGGCAACGCGAGGUGCUUGACGCUGUCGACCAAAAUAUGUCUCUUCUCGUCGUAGCUCCUACCAGCGCGGGGAAGACCUUCAUCUCGUAUUACGCUAUGGAGAAGAUUCUCCGAGGGACUGAUGACGGGAUACUCGUUUAUAUUGCACCGACAAAAGCCCUUGUCGCUCAGGUUGCAGCCGAGAUUUAUGCUAGGUUUAGCAAGGAUCUCAACGGUCGGAGCUGUUGGGCCAUUCAUUCCCGCGACUACCGAGUCCACGAUCCGCAGAACUGCCAAAUCCUUGUCACCGUCCCUGACAUACUGGCGAUCAUGCUCUUAUCUCCUCCACUCGCCAAGAUGUGGACCCCCCGACUCAAAUAUGUCGUCCUUGACGAGAUUCACACAAUCGGCCAGCAGGAGGGCGGAGCUGUUUGGGAACAGAUUCUGCUUCUGUGUCCCUGUCCUGUCAUAGGUCUGUCCGCCACAGUUGGAGCACCAGAAAAGUUCAACGAAUGGCUCGAGAGCGUUCAGAAAGCGGGUGGGUUCCAGCACAAGUUCGUGCAUUAUCCCCAUCGAUAUUCGCACUUGAGAAAGUUCUACUACAACAUCCACGAGAAGCCGAAAGAUGCCUUCCAAGGCCUUUCAACGUACAAGACUACAGAACGGAUGCGAUUUCUGCAUCCGCUGUCCAUUCUUUCGUCCAGUGCACGUUCUCUCCCCUCCGAUCUUGCAUUGGAAGCAGUGGAUACAUUGCAUUUAUAUCGUGCUCUAAGUACGUGCAAAGCCCUCCAGCCCUCCAUUCUCGCUGCCCUCGAUCCUGCGGUAUUCUUUUCGUCUAGCAAACUGCUUCAGCAGAAGGACGUAAUCCAAUACGAAGAGGCUCUAAAACAGCACCUCAUCCCGUUGUUAUCCUCCUUCGAUUCGCAAGACUCCGGGACGCCGUUGUCGCGCGUCAUUAUCCAGCUCCAAGAUGAUGAUUUAUCUCGUAUCCCAGACAGAGUGUUGAACUCUGCACCUAGUCGUGUUGUAUCUAGCGAGAAUAUCAUUCAUCUAGUUGCCGAUCUUCACGCACAGGGGGACCUCCCCGGUAUAUUCUUCUCAUUCGAUCGAAGCGAUUGCGAAUAUAUGGCCAUAAAAUUGAACAAGGUGCUCGAAAACAAGGAAGGCAGAUGGCGCAAAACUAGUCCGGAAUGGAAACGCAAAAUGGCACAAUAUGAAGCAUACCUUCAGAACGCAAAAGAGCGGGAACGCCAAGCUGCACGAGCAUCGAAACACAAGACCGAUGAAGAGGAUAAGCGUGCUGACACGAGUGAAUGGCAAGCAUCCUUUAGACCCGAUGAUCCCUUGUCAGACUUCUCCUUCGCUGGUCAAGGUAUUUCGUACACUCCAUCGGAGCUUGAAGAGGAUAUUGCCGAUUUUGCGAGGCGGAGACUCUUUCUACCUGAAUGGGCAAUGAAAUGUUUAAGGCGUGGGAUUGCUGUUCACCAUGCUGGUAUGAACAAAGGGUAUCGCUCUCUGGUUGAGAGUCUCUUUCGCCGUGGCUUCGUGCGCGUGAUUUUCGCAACGGGCACUCUUGCCUUAGGUAUCAAUGCCCCGACCAAAACUUCGAUUUUCUGCGGCGAUUCACCCUUCCUCACUGCACUCAUGUAUCGUCAAUGUGCGGGACGCGCUGGACGGCGAGGAUAUGACACACUCGGUAAAGUCGUUUUCUAUGCUCUUCCCAUGAGCAGGGUACAGAGACUGGUUUUCUCGAAACUGCCAUCCCUCUCUGCAAGUUUCCCUGUAACAUCGACUCUCGUUGUUCCGAUUACUCCACUGACUGCUGUCGCUGCUGUGCAACGGCUCUUCCGCCUCCCACAAAUCAGCUUUGGCUCUGAGGAAGGAAGAAACCAACUUUUGCACCAUCUACGUUUCUCGAUCGACUACUUGCGUCGUGCUCGUCUGCUCGAUGAGCAAGGGAAGCCGCUCAAUCUUUUUGGAAUAGCCGCACAUCUGUAUUACACGGAGCCCAGCAACUUGGCCCUAGUUGCUCUGCUUCGCAGCGGCGUAGUCCAUCAAAUUUGUGCCCAACCUAGCCUGAGGCUUGCGAAGCGUGACUUCAUCCUGUUGAUGGCUAACCUCUUUGGGCGGCGGUACCUGCCUUCUGCUUGCAUGAAAGAGGAGUACAUCAUGGAGGUGGUGAAGAAGUCGCCAUCAAUGGUCGUACUACCACCGCUGUCUAAGACAGCUCGUGACGUGCUCAUAGACCAAGAGCAUGAAAUUCUCCAGAUUUUCACCGGAUAUGCCCUUACCUACGGGGCCCAGCACCAAGAUGACCUUGGGCCCGAUCAUAUCCUACCUCUUAGCAAAAGGAAUAUAUCAGGUACUGCGGAAGAUGGACCGUCGCUCAUUCGCGACCAUCUUCACCGUACCGCGAUCCGUGUUGUCGCACGAUCGCUCUUUGUGGCUAACUCGGGCCACGAUGAUCACUUCAACAGUGUUCGCGACCUCGCUCAAACGGCUCGACGUGGGCUGAGCCUGAACGAACACACCAUCCCAUCAUUCGAAAGCAUCACCGGGGGAACCAACCAAGAAGACGGAAAAUACGCGCUGAACGCAUACCUCCUUGACUUCUACAUGCACGGCCAGGUGGCGGCUCUUGCCGCUGCGAAUGCAGUCAGGCGGGGUGAUGUUUGGUUUUUAUUGCAAGACUUUGAUCUCACGCUAAUGACUGUGCGUGCGGUACUUGAGCAACUCCUUCAAAGGGGGUCCGUUGGCGGAAAAGGUGCGACACCAGGGAAUGCAGACCUUGAUGAGGAUGCGGACAGUGGAUAUGCAUCCCUUGAACCAGUCCAGUGGGAGGAUGAAGAAGAGGAGGCGUCUGUGAAGCAGGGAGAAUCGGCGCAGCGACCGCCAGGAGUGUCGGGUGCGGACUGGAGAGUUUUCGAAGUGGUCAACGGUGCGCUCGAAGAGUUCCAUGAAAAGUUCCGGGCUAUGUGGGCCUAA